CCACGUCGUAUUUUUCCCGUAAAGUCUAGCAAAUCCAGAAAAUAAUUGGUGGAGUGCUUUGUCUAUAAUUAGGCUUUGUUCAAAAUUAGAAUGAUUUCGCAACCUCUGAGUACUAGUAUAUGAUCAUUCCUCAGAUCAGUCCCUCCUCCUCCUCUUCCUCUUCCUCUUCCUCCACCCACUACCGGCAAAGCGAACUCCAUCCCCUAAAAUUUCUUGAGGGAAUUCUCUCAAUGAAACCCGAGACUGCAAAAGGUAAAAAAUCCGUAGGUGAUUGUUUUUCCUUUCUUUUAUGGGGGAAAAACUCAAUGGUGCGUCUCGGGGACGCACCAUUUUUUUGGGGUUACAUUUGGCGAAUCCAGUCCUCUGUGUUCAGAUGGGUCGCUUUUUUUAUCACAGUAUCAUCGGUGUCGGUAGGAGGAGGCCGUUCAGUUCAGUGGGUCAUUUCAGUGGGUCAUUUCAGUGGGUCAGUUCAUUGGUUUAGUGAAGAGAUCUUCUGUCAAUUGUCUCAGAUAGUUGAGGUUUCAUGCAAGACGCACCCCGCGUUUCGCUUUUCCGCUUAAACUUUUACUAAGAAUUCGAUAAUUCAAAGAUACUUCAAGCCUUGCUUUUGUGGGGGAACAAUGGUUGGGUGGGAUGGACGAAGGUUGGAGCAUUGCACCAGAACAGGUA